AUGUCUUUCGCACUCCGUCGAACGCUUCUGUCUUCCCCCCUCUUCCGCUCCUCGCGCAGUCUCUCUACAACCUCAUCUCUCCGCAACGCCGCAGACGACAAGCCGAGUCCCUUUGCUAGCGCCCCGGCGCCUCCGCGUCUCCCCAAGGAGGAACAAGAGAUCUUCGAAAGACUGCAGCGGCAGUCGACGGGUGCAUUCAGCACGCCGAACACGGAAGGGGCGGAAUCGUCGGAAGACCGGCUGGCUGCGAUGAGGGCGCAGAUCCAGGCUAAGAGCCAGCAGGGCCAGGGCGAGGACCAGACAACAAUCACGACUCCCGUGGGCGUCACGCUGAAGCCCGAGUUCGAAGGCGAGAAGAAUCCACGGACGGGGGAGGUCGGGGGGCCAAAGAACGAGCCGCUGCGUUGGGGAGCGCAGGGGGAUUGGAGCUACGGCGGACGGGUGACGGAUUUCUAA